GGUAUCCGUUCGUUCACAACGGGCAACCCCGAAAGGGAGCUAUGGUCCCCGAAUGAAAUGUUGUACCUGUCUUUUAUAGUUUAUUCUUCGGUCGCCGUCAUUAAUUCAUUAGUAGAUAGCUCCACCACUUACAUGAAUUCGCGCGUGACUGUUGAAUAUUCACACGUCCUUGAAAUUCUGUUUCCAAAACACACUGACAUUAGCGUCUGGGUCAAAAAUGGCCUCUGGCGACCUAAAAAUGUUAACCUCUGGCUCGCCAUUGGUCAAUGGCGCGAUACUUCUCGUUAUCAUCCUAUUCACUGGCUUUGUACUUACCCGUCCAAAGAAACUGGACUUGCCAAUCGUUGGAUCAUUCGGCGCAGAUCAGAGACAAGCAUUGGUCGAAGGAACACGGAAGUACCCGGACCGCCCGUUCUUAGUCCCUGUCGUACCACCCCUGGUUAUACUCCCUAUUUCAGUGAUCGACGAAGUCCGAAACUUACCAGAGAACAAAACUUCGUUCAUACAGGAUAUUCAGCGGUCUUUCACAGCCAAGCACACAGGCGUAGGAAAAGAGGCAGGACCAGAGCUCAUACAUGCACUCAAGCUAGAUCUCACCAAACACCUUGCCAGCACAAUCGAUGAUAUGCAAGAUGAGAUCGGCUAUGGAUUGGAUAAAGAACUCGGAUCAUGCAAGGACUGGACAUCGAUUCCCGUGUAUCCCAAGGUGACUCGUUUGGUUGGGUUGUUAAGCGGUCGUGUUUUUGUUGGGCUACCUCUGAGUCGGGAUGAGGAAUGGCUGAAGUCUUCGAUUGAGUAUGCAUUGUUGUGCAUGGGAGCCCGAGAUGCUAUUAAUGCAUAUCCAGAAUUCAUUCGAACUAUUGUGGCUCCUUUUCUCAAGGAAGUGCAAAUUCUGAAAUACGUCAGGAACCGGGGAGUGGAACUGGUGAAGCCGCUACUCGCCACUGGGCAAGAGAAUAUGAUCACAUGGAUUCAAAAUCGCAUUAAAAAGAAAGAUCCUGAAAAGAUUGCAAAUAACCAGAUGAGCCUCUCGUUCGCCGCUAUUCAUACGACAUCCAUGGCAAUUACAGCAGCGAUCUAUGAUCUGUGCGCAUAUCCAGAAUACAUUGAGAUAUUGCGGGAGGAGAUUCAGCAGAUUGAUGGUGUCACGAAAACGAACUUGGCCAAGCUCUGGAAACUCGAUAGCUUCUUGAAAGAGAGUCAGAGAUUGACUCCCCCAUCGCUAGUAACCAAUGUCCGACUCGUAACCUCUCCUCUCAAUCUUUCCACGGGAACCCUACCGGCUGGAAGCCGAUUCGGAUUCGCCGCCUGGGCAAUUCACACACCGCACUUACCAUUCGAUGGUCUUCGAUACUACAAGCUUCGUCAGAUUCCUGGGAAUGAGGACAGGCACCAAUUCGUCACCACUUCGCCGGAGUCUUUGAACUUUGGGUAUGGAAAUCACGCUUGUCCAGGACGUUUUUUAGCCGCAAAUGAGAUUAAGAUCGUGUUGAUCGAGUUGUUGACGAAGUGGGAGUUUCGAUUGAAGGGGGGGGAACGGCCCGAGAAUAUCCUGAAUGCAAUGAUCUGUAUGCCGAAUCCGAGAGCGGAAGUGGAAUUCAGAAGGAGGUAGAUUACUUUUGGAUGGAAUAGGCUGCGCUGCUUCACUGGGCCCCGCGGGUGGGGUGGCCCUGUUCUACCUCUAGUCGGGACAGGGGUGCCGAAUUUGUUUGUGUGUGAACGAAGUGAAUAACUUCAAUUCAAUUACCACUGUAAUAUAGGACCUACGAUAUUCGUGGGUGCUACGUCUUCCGUAUCCUUCUCGUACCAACAGUUUGAGUUGUAUCCUUGUUGCGAAUUGGUUAGUCCCAUAAAUACCUGUCGUUCAAAGCACAAGACCGACAACUUACCAGUGUCCCAAAUCAACACAUCCAUUUUCCGCUCUAUUUCACGCCCUCCUUCUGCUUCUCUAGAAAGAAUGCCAUCUUCCGUCAGUCCCGUCACAGGAUCCGUCACAAGAUCAACAUUGUUAUUGGUGAAGAUAGGGUACCAGGUGUCAAGCUUCAAUGGACGUUUGCAUCCGAAGUGACUCUUCGAUUCCAGCUUGCGUCGCAAAUUGUCAUCGCUAAUCUGAUUGUACAGAUGAUUUUUGGCCAUGCCGACGACAAACUUCUGCCACCACGAUCCGAUGUGGAAUAUGCGCUUGGCCACGAAACCAAACUGAGAGGAGUGAUUAGAGAGUUCAACAGACACCAGUAGAUUGUAUGGGAUGACUUUACCUGUGCCAUACCAAACCAUCGGUAGCUACGUUGUACCAAUGGAAUGUGAGAGAACACUCACUUCCUGGACCCGCUUAUUGAAACAUCGUUACGAGGCAGACAAUGUCCUGGACUUCGCUGGUACACCGUCAACUGCUUCACCUCAGGAUAAAUACUCGGAAUGGCUUGUCCGGCGGAUUGCCCGGUUCCAAUGACUGCUACAGAUUUGUUUUUUAAAUCGGCGUCUUUUGGCCAACUUCCAAGAUGCCAUUGUUCGCCUUUGAAUGUUUUGAGUCCUGCGAUAUCGGCCUUCUUAGGCAUGCCAAAUGCUCCCGCAGCACUGACAAGCUGACACACGUUAAUCUCUGCAUAUAUAAUAAUUUCAAAAAGCUCAAGUAGCCUGGACAAUGAAGCCAUCCGAUCUGCAUUACAGCGAUUUGGGAACGAUAGUAGACUGGAGGCAGGUCCCGCAAGAAGAGAAAUUUCACCUACCACAUUACAGCACCAUAUUUUCUGAGAACUGCUCUUAGAGUCUUGAGUUUGAACAAACCACAAUAGGCGUGAGUCGUCCCAUGUGGCACUGACAAUCUCUGUGUUGAAAGUCGUUGACUUGUCGAGCUGGUAUUUCAGCGCAAACCCUUCGAAAUAUUGUUGGAUCUCUGCUUGUGGAGCGUAUGUCCUGAGUCUUUUUAGAGUAUCGUUUGUUAGCCAUCUAGGGAUUCAUGCCUAAGGCUAGACUUGAACCAAAUGUGAUAUAUGGAAAUGUUGGCUGGACCGAAAAUUGAAAAUCAAACGAACUGAUGCAAUAGAUAUCCCGACAUCUUGCACUACCCCAUAUUUUAUACAAAAUUUGGAAUCUUAUAAAAUAUUAAUUAUGAAAUUUAUAUUGAAUUUCAAAUUAAUUAUAGAAAUUUAUAUAGAACUAAUAAUAAUUUAAAUCAAAAUUGAAGAGAAACUUAAUAUAAUUAUUAUUACA